AUUAUUUAUAUUAAAAUUAUUAAAUAUUUUACAAAAUUAAUUAACAACUAAAAGUUUUAUAGAAUGGAUACUUGCAUAUUAUGCAAAUCUUCCAAAAAAGAUGAAAUACAAUAUGGAGAAUAUUUGAAAAAUAAACAUUUUGGUGUACACACAUUUUGUCUGUAUUUAUCUUCAAAUUUAUCACAAAAUGGUGAAGAUGACGAAGGCUUCUUGGGUUUUCUAGAAGCUGAUAUUAAACAAGAAGUACAGCGUAUAGCUUCUUUGAAAUGUUGUUACUGCCAAAAGAAAUAUGCCAAUAUUGGCUGCUGUGAGAAAAAAUGCAGGCGUACAUUCCAUUUUAUAUGCGGUUUGGAACACAAAGCCGAAAAUCAAUUUUGCAAUGAUUAUCGCUCGUUUUGCCAAAGUCAUGUUAGAAGUGUAAAGCAACGUCCGGCAGCCAAUGAAACCUGUUUGAUUUGCUAUGAUAGUUUAUGUGGCCCUCAGGAUAAAUUUAAUACGGUUAAUAUGAUAUUGUCGCCCUGUUGCCGCAAUGGUUGGUUUCACAAGCUGUGCUUACAAAAGUUUGCCAAAACUGCUGGUUAUUUCUUCAAGUGUCCGCUGUGCAAUGAUUCGGGCGUAUUUCGGAAAAAACUGCCAGCCAGGGGGAUAUUUAUACCAAAUCAAGAUGCUGCCUGGGAAUUGGAGCCCAAUGCUUUUGCUGAACUGCUCGAACGUCCCAACGAAUGUAGUGCUCAACAGUGUAAGAAUAGAAAAGGACGCAAAGCUAGCUGCGACCUCAAUCCCUUUGUAAUGUGCAGUACUUGUGGUUCUACAGCCAUGCAUCGACAAUGUUUGCCCAAUGGAGGCAAACGAUUUCAUUGUGCCGAUUGUACGAUUGCUUUGGAAGAGGAUGAUAGUGGUCGGGAAAGUUUAAAUUUACCUGGCAAUCGCAACCACAAUGAGGACGAAGAGAUCGAUGUGUGUCAUGUUAGUGAUAGGGAGGAUUUUGAUAUAGUAAAUAGACUUAUGGCUGCCCAAACAAGGGAACCACAAACUAAAAGAGAUUCGGGUACACAUCAUCAUGACAGCGAGAGUAGUGAUGAGGAGGAAAUCAAACCUAUUGCCGCCACUUCGAAAACCAGACGUUUGAAAAGUGAUUCCGAAACAUCUGAUUUGCCUCAGGUAUCAAAAACUAAUAAAUGCAGUAGUAGAUACUGCAGACUAAGCACAGACACGGAAAGUAGUAAAAACAAUUCAGAUUUAGAAGAAAUCAAAACUACAAACAAGCCCAACAGCAGACGCCUAAAAACGGAUUCCGAAAGCAGUGAUAUUCAGGAAUCUAAGACCCCACAUGAAGAUAAUUCAUCAUUGACUGAAGAUGAAAAUCUGUUUACAUCUAGAAAAAGAAAAUCCACUACCAUCGUAAGUGAUUGUGAGGAUGAAACAACCAAGGAAAUUGCCACAAAACAUAAACGUUUAGAAAAACAAACCACUGAACAUGACGAGCAGGACAAUCUGUCCCUGGCAACGGAGGACAGUAGUGAAGACGAUGAUGAUCCUUUGGAAAAUUUCACCAAAAUUAUGGAAAGACAAAAGAAUAUCAGUUGCAUAGCUUUAAGAACCAGAAGAUCUAUAAAUUCAAAUAAACCACCAGAAAAUAGCACACAAUUACUGAAGCCACAUAUCAACAACGAAAAGGAAAACAUAAAGAAUGAAGCCAAUCGAACAACAACAAAAAGACCAUCCCUGGAACAGCAGGCAACAACAAAAGACGGCAUAAAUGAAAGGCAGAAAAGAAAAAAAUGUGUGGAAUUAAAAGCUGCUGAUGAUAGCGACAAGGAAACAAAAUUUGAUAUAUCCUGCAUAGCAAAAAGGACACGAAGAAAAUCCAUGGUUUGUUGGCGCAAUAAUAAACCAGCAACAGAAACUUUAAUGGAAAGCAAAGAAAAUCCCUUAAAUGUCUCCUGUAUAGCGGUAAGGACAAGGCGUAAAACAAUUUGUGCCGAAACAAAAUAUACCCAAGAAUCGCUUUAUGAAAUGUCACGGGUAUAUGAAAAAUUGCAUGAAUCGGAAGACGAUGAGGAUGAUGAUGAUGAAGACGAAACCGACUUUAUAACAGGCGAUGAAUCUGACGAAGAAUCAGUAUUAAAUCAGGUGUUGGUUGACACGGAUCUGGAUAAAUUCAUAGUAAACGAUGGUUAUGAGGAAAAAGAUAGUAAAUUUGAAAUAUCUUGCAUAGCAAAACGCACGCGUACACGGAAAUCUGUGACAACACGUCUGCAAAAUAUACCCGAAGAGUCUGAUGUCUCUACUGACAGCUGCUCUAGCUCAAAUAACUCCUCCAGUAAACGUUUGAGUUCGAGUUCAGAAUUAUCUAAUGUUAAUAUACGCAAACGUUGCCCUCAACGUAUAAACUCCAGCAGCAGCUCAGAGGAAUUUGAGUCACCCCAGCCAACUUCCUCCUUCGCCUCCUCCCGCCAGCUUUUAAAAAGGAAACCUGGGAAUUGUGAUCUGCUGCUGGACAAAUUGCCACAGCAUAAUUAUGCUGCCUAUCUCAAGUCCAAAUACACCACAAAAUCCAGUACAAAUGACCUACACAACUAUCAUCCCCCACCCAAUCAUUAUCAUCCUCAUAGUAGUAAUCGCAAACGAUUUUAAAAAAAAAGUAUUAUUUUCAUUUGUCUAAGUCUUUAGUUUUCUACUAUAUAAUUCUAAUUCUAUUACAAAAUUGUUGCUCUCGUAUUAUUAAGUUUUUUUUUAUAUUUUUGAUAUCGCUAUUAGAUGUUUAAUUACUUUUGCUAUGAAGUAUUGUAUAUUUUGUUUGAUAUGUAUGCAUUUAUCUUUAAUAUAAUCGAAUUGGAAAUACA